CACAAUAAAAAACAAAUGCUUUGAAUUAGCAUCAGAGGCUGAUUACUGAGCAGUGCCUACCAACACAAAGUUUCUUUUGCUCUGUUGCCUGGCAACCAGUGGUAAAAUGCAACGCAGCAGAGUACUGAAGAGGCAGAGUGGAGGGGUUACAGGCUUCGAGCUGAAAGGCCGGUCCACAGGACCCAAAGCUGUUGGAAUAUUUCUAUAACUGAAGACAAUCUCAUCACUUGAUUGGUAUCAAGAGAUACAUUAUGUACCAUGCCCAAAGGAAAGGCAGCCAAAGGGACAAAGGUAACCCUCAAGAUUGCCAAAAAGGCAAUACAGAUGACCCCAGAUGGAUGGCGCAGACUCACCCUCAGCAACAUGGGUAUAACCAUCUUCCCAAAAUGUCUACUAAAAUUGUCCAACGUAGACGAGCUGGACCUCAGCCGCAACCUGAUACAAAAACUCCCAGAUAACAUCGGGAACUGCUUGUCACUCAGAUGGCUGGAUCUACAUGGCAACAAGCUGGAGUCUCUACCCGAGUCCAUCGGUAACCUGGUGGGACUGACGCACCUCAACCUCUCUAAUAACCACAUAACCUCAGUGGGUUUACCUUCCACAUUGGGUUCUCUCACCAACCUGAAGAGUCUCAAUCUGGGGAUGAACCGGUUGGACACCCUGCCUCUCACUAUGGUGACUCUAAAAAGUCUCCAAGAGUUAGGCCUGUUUGAUAACCUCUUCACUGAGCUACCAGAGUUUCUGAAAUUCCUACAGAACCUUAUUAAGCUGAAUAUAAAGCGAAAUCCUCUAUCAUAUGUUCAGGGGGUUGCUGAGGGGAUGCUGAAGGAAAAACUGAAACCAGAGGAAGCUGCAUAUCUGGUCCAUGAGAGCAGCCUGUGUAGGACAUGCCAUAAGAGGUAUAAAGAGCAGAGGGAAAGGCUUAUUAGAGGGACAGACAGAGGAGGAGGAGGAAGUAAUGUGUUUCAGGAGAAAGGAAUAAGGACCUAUCCGGGACUGAUAGUACCAAACUCAGUGGCUACAGUCAGUCAGGAUGUGUGGAGAGUAAGAAAGGUGGAGCAUGAGCCAAUCAAAUGACCUAAGAACUGCUGGCAUCAUCUUAAACUCAAAACAAAUAGAAAUCAUGUCAAUUAUGCAACCACACAAAUUUUCAUUAUAUGCGCAUAAUAUCUAUGUGUUAUGCAACAAUUUUUUGAGGUCUUUUCCAUUUCAACUGAUAAAAUAAAAGGAGUUAUUACACAUAACUCUUUCAAACUAUCACUGUUGGAUGUGAUUAACUG